GUGAGUCAUGGCAGCAGAGCCCCUGACUCAAUGCUGUUUUGGUUAAUCAGUAACCAGAGUGGGAGCACGGCGGUCGGCCGGCCGGGUUAAAGUAAAGGAGCGGAGGAGUCAGGACCUCAUUCAGCAGCAGCAGCAGAAGCAGAAGCAGACACUCCCGAUUGAAUCAUUGUAAGAAAACUACCAACCAAAGGUAAAAUGCAGAGACUGCGGUCGCCUCUUCUUGUCCUCCUACUAAGCUGCUGCCUCUCAGGAAGCAAAGCCAACCGAGUCUAUGUUCACCCGUUCCACCUUUUUGCUGCCGAGAACGUCAGCUGUGAGACCCUGCAGACCCAGACGGUUAAACCUCUGCAGACGCUUCAUGUGGCCUCUCUUGAUGUUGAAGUCUUGACACCUGACAGCAGGGAUUCAUCAAAAGUAGACGCCCAUAGACAGAACAUCACAGAGAGGACAGCGGUCCUGGCAGAGCUGUUGAACUCUCUGGGCCUCAGGAUGUACCAAGCUCUCAGCAGCAAGCAGCAAAGCACCAACACCCUGCUGUCUCCAGUCAACACCUAUGGAUCCCUCGUCACCUUCUACCUGGGAGCCUCCAAGAAGACAGCAAGCUCAUUCCAGCUUCUACUCGGCCUGAGCAGUGAAACCGACCGAGAGGAUUGUGUGUCCUUAGUGGACGGACACAUGGUUCUCAAGACCCUGCAGGGCAUCAACUCUCUGGUGGACGAUGGACCCAAGGAUGAAAUUACUACCCAGGUCUGGGCCUUCACUCGUCAGGACGCUCGACUGUCCGAGGACUUUAUUCAGGGCACCCAGGACUUCUCAGACACGUCGUUCAUCCGAGGAGUGGACUUCUCCAAACCUCAGGAGGCAGAGCAGCUGGUGAACAGCUUUGUGGAGAAGACAUCAGAUGGGAAGGUGAAGAACAUCUUCAAAGAUGUGAACGCCAGCAGCAACCUUUUGUUCAUCACCUCCUUCAACUUCCAAGGCAACUGGAGGACAGCCUUCCAACCAGAAAAGACUUCCCUGCAGGAGUUUCACGUGGAUGAAACAACCACAGUCAUGGCUCCAGUGAUGACCCACACGGGUCGGUACCACUACUUCAAUGAUAAGGUGAGGCGGUGCACUGUUGUGAAGCUUUCUCUAAGCAAACGGUCCUACAUGCUGCUGGUCCUGCCUCACGAAGGCACCAACCUGCAUGACAUUGAGUCGAAGCUGCUCACUGACGUCAUUUCUGGUUGGUACCAGAACCUCCAAGAAGGUCUGUUGGAACUUUCACUGCCCAAGUUCUCCAUGUCUUCUGCGACUGAUCUGCGCGACCUGCUGACCAACAUGGAUCCAGAAAUCGAGGCCAAAUUGUUGGGUUCCCAGGCUGAGUUCAGCCAACUCAGCAACACCAAACCUUUCUCCAUAGAUAAGGCCAUCAACAAGGUGCUGUUUGAGAUGUCCGAAGAAGGAACAGAACCUCAGGACAAGAAACAGGAGGACGGCAUCCCUCUGAAACUGUCCAUCAACAGGCCUUUCUUCUUCUCUGUAAUAGAAGGAGAUUCUAACUCCAUCCUCAUGCUGGGCAAGAUCACCAACCCCACACUCGAGUGAUGCAUGGUACUUCAAAUAAACCCUCUCCCAAAAAAACAACCCUCUGACAUGAAAAAUAUGCAACAUACUAGGCCCUUUUUCUUUUCUUUCUUUUUUUUUUUACAACGUACGUGAUCGCCUCCAGCUUACCUUUCUGCGGGGGAUGAAAUCAGUCAAGUAACAGACAUCUCAUUUAGAUUAUAGCCUUGUUUUUCAUCUGAAAUAAUGACCACAAACAGCACAUGAGAAAUGAACCUUGCCGGAGAAAAUGUUCAACAGCAUUAUAGUUACCUUUUCAAAACCAAGCUGAUCUCCACAAGCUCAGGAGUCAUCGAGGAUACCUCUCAGUAUUUAUGAACGUGUAUUAUUUUUAAGCUGGGUUAUUUUCAAGCUGCCUGUUUAAAUUCGAAUGUUUUUUUUCCUGAAAUUUAUAUUAGCAGAGUUCUAUACAGUAUUUUUCACUAGAGUAGGUACAGUAACCAUGAUUGUCUGGGAUAAAUGACUAACACACUGUAUAUUAUAACUAAGAGUCUAUUUUUGUUUCGUUAUGAUUUGUGAUUGCUGAAAAUAAAACAUUUGUUUCCAAAUAUA